UGAAAUUGCUGAUCCGAACAAAUAAUAAUUUAUAAAGAAAAAUCAUGAAAAUGAUCAGGGGUGCCCAAACUUCAUACCACUCCAUACCCCUGUAUUAUUCUAGUGCUGAACGGUGAGCGGCGCCUCUGCGCGGUGAACGCUGCGCACAUUCUUCUCCUGCGGGCAGCGGCGAAUCAGCACAGCGCGGAGCAGCAGGCCCAGUCCUGCCCUGCCUAAAUCCUCAUUAUUACAUUAUUUACAGCAAUAACUCAUAAUCUGACCUGUAGAAACCCAUUUACACAGUUUAAACCGUCUAUUUCUUUAUUUAUCUGACCGGAUUCGCUGCUGUUAAGCCUGUAAUUUUGAGACUGGAAUCCGCGGACGAGACGAUAGGAGCCCUAGUUUGAGGAAAACGGCUGAUCUGUGGAUUUAAACGCGUUUUAUACUCUUUAAUAUUCCUUUAAUUCAGUUAUUUUCGACAGUAUGGACGAGAAGGUGUUCACUAAGGAGCUGGAUCAGUGGAUCGAGCAGCUGAACGAGUGCAAGCAGCUCUCAGAAAACCAAGUGAAAAUCUUAUGCGAAAAAGCGAAAGAAAUUUUAUCGAAGGAGUCCAACGUUCAGGAGGUGCGCUGCCCCGUCACAGUGUGUGGAGAUGUCCACGGCCAGUUCCACGACCUCAUGGAGCUCUUUAAGAUCGGCGGAAAAUCACCAGACACCAACUAUCUCUUCAUGGGAGACUAUGUGGACCGAGGCUAUUACUCUGUAGAGACUGUCACACUGCUAGUGUCCUUAAAGGUUCGUUAUAGAGAGAGAAUCACCAUCCUCAGAGGGAAUCACGAGAGCCGGCAGAUCACGCAGGUCUACGGCUUCUACGACGAGUGUCUGAGGAAAUACGGCAACGCUAACGUGUGGAAAUAUUUCACAGACCUGUUUGACUACCUUCCUCUCACAGCCCUGGUGGACACACAGAUCUUCUGUCUCCAUGGAGGACUUUCCCCGUCCAUUGAUACCCUGGAUCAUAUCCGAGCGCUGGACCGCAUUCAGGAGGUCCCACACGAGGGUCCUAUGUGUGAUCUGCUGUGGUCAGACCCUGAUGACCGCGGCGGCUGGGGGAUUUCUCCCAGAGGAGCCGGAUACACCUUCGGACAGGACAUCUCCGAAACCUUCAAUCACGCUAACUGCCUGACCCUCGUGUCCCGAGCCCACCAGCUAGUAAUGGAGGGAUACAACUGGUGUCACGAGCGAAACGUCGUUACCAUCUUCAGUGCUCCAAAUUACUGCUAUCGCUGUGGAAAUCAGGCGGCUAUUAUGGAACUGGAUGACACGCUCAAGUAUUCAUUUUUGCAGUUUGAUCCUGCACCAAGAAGAGGCGAGCCACACGUCACCCGCCGUACUCCAGACUACUUCCUGUAGAGUCUCUCCUGUGUGCCUGAUCAACAUGAUGAAAGAUGUUCCACUGCGCCAUCUAGCUCUCGGACUGACUCCUCAUCAGCUCCUCUCAUUUUAAUAGUGGCCCCCUGAGUUCCUGCAUUCGUCCAUGGACCAAAAUGUGUGCCAUCAGCAGCAUUAAUGAUAAUGCAGACAAGGAUUCCACAGUAUAUAAGAACAUGGGCAGAGUGGGACACAACCUAAUGUAUUUAUUUAUUUUAAUAUUUUCUAAAUUAUUUGAGCCAGAUUAAUAUAUUGUAAUAUACCGUAUUUUUCGGGCUAUAAGGCGCACCGGAUUUUAAGGCGCAUUAUCAAUGAACGUCUAUUUCCUGGUCUGUUCUCAUACAUAAGUGACACGAGUAAGGAUGCCUACAUCGAAGUGAGCAAGGGUGUCGCCAUGUUUCCCUUCUAAUGGGGAAGUUGGGAGAAGCGCCUAAGUAAACGAAAAUGUAAUUCUUAAAAACAAAAAAAAUAAUAAUUAUUUCAAACUUAAGUGACCGCUGGAUGUUCAUCCACACAGAUUUCUCUUCUGAAAACGUAUUCCGUUUAUUUACAGUAAGCUUAGAUUUCUAAUGUUUUGGCUAAGAGUGAGUUUUUUGUGAAGUUUCUCCAGCACUAAGGCUGGGUGCAGCAGCAUUAGCAUUAGCCACUAACCGCAGCACUAGCGGAAUGUAAAUGCUGCCCAAUAGUGCUACACUGAGGAACCCUGAGUUUUACCAUAAGUCAGGGUGCUAUCAGAUAGCCUCUGAACGGCGAAAGAGCUAGUGCUGCGGUUAGCGGCUAUUGCUAAUGCUGCUGCACCCAGCCUUAGUGCUGGAGAAACUUCAUCAAAAGCUCACCCUUAUAACUCUGUACUUCAGCAGAGUGGCUUUACUGCUCCUUAAUACCUGACUGGUAGAAUUCAUACAUAAGGUGCACCAGAUUAUAAGGCACACUAGCGUCUUUUGGAAAAAAAUCUAAGGAUUUUAGGUGCGGCUUAUAUACAGUAGGCAGAAAAAAUGGCAUAAAUAGAAUCAAGCUAUGUCAGGAUGUUUCACACUGCAUAAUGGGUCUCCGAUAAUAUCCACAGUUUACUACAUAAAGCAUAUUGUAAUGGCAUUUAUCACAAUAACAAUAAACACUCUCAUAUUAGACAGCCAGCUUUUCAAGCACCUUAAAAAUCUCUUGUUUAAUUAGUUUUGUGAACAAAAAUAGCAAAUUUCCCCAUUUAUUUGCAGGACUUAUGGUAAAAGGCAGAGGGAUGAGUUGUAACAUCUAAAAUAAAGUCGAAUAAAUCAGCACAAACACUAUACAUUCACUGUAGUUUAAUGCUUAAAUGCACAAAAAAACUGCAUUAUUAUUGGAAAGAGAUUGCUACGACUGAUAUCAGCACCAUAAAAUUAAAUUUCCAUUAAUGUUUUAUUACAUUUCUGACAAAACCUGAACAUGAAAAUGUGCAAAUUUUAUUUGAAGUAUAUCUGGAGAGAUGAACUUCUAAUUGUUUUUCUUAAUGGUUUCUCGUAACGAUGGUGUUGCUUGGCUUGGUUGCUUGUGAAUAGUUUACAUACUAAUCAAAAACACUUUUAUGAAAAAAGUGUUCUUUUUUUAGCAUGAUAACAGACAUAACUGCCUUAUAAUUAAGCAAUAAUACAUGAGAGGAAUAGCACAAACCUUGGGUGUAUUAUUGCAAUUAUACUACAGUUCUUUUAUCGCUGUUUAUUGAAAGAUUUUGAGUUAAAGAGUAUGAGAAAAUACGAUCUGUUUGGUUAAAAAAAAAACUCUGCGAGUUAAAAUAGUGUACUGUUUGGCUUGUAAGCGCUGCAUCAUUGCUAGGUUACCUGUAUGUGGCUCCAUUUGUAAUGAGUAAUACAUGGAGAGCUUCGGUUACAGUGCAUUACCGGCUUAUAAUGGUACUCAUAGAACGCCUCUCAGCCAAUCACAUUGCAGGGUCGGAACUAACUGUGGAAUAAUUGCCCUUAUAGAGAAUAGAGAAUAAUUUCCUCUCCUUUAAAGUAAAAUACAAAAUAUGGAUAUUUUAUUUCUGACAUUGACAAUCUUAAUCAUUAACACCGUGUUUUUUAUACCCCACAUUAGGUUGUGCCCUGCUGUCCCAUGCCCCCAGUGCUGAAAGAGGUCUGCUGUUUAGAGAUGUACAGAUAGAGAUACAGUAAAGAAGACGUACUGUAGUUUCACUGAUACGAGAACUUCACACCUCACCCACACAGCUUACUAUAAUUUAUCUGCAUUCUUCUACACUGUCCUUUCUUCUUCAGAUGGUGUGCACUAGGCGCUUCGGGCUGUACAGUGUUGACGUUGUGGUGAAUAAAAUGCAUCCUGCCGUGCAUAGAAUCAUCCCCCACUCACCGAUCAGCAGCACCUCACUCUCACCCCGUCAUCUGCUCCGUCAUCUCUGAGCUGAGGAGAUCAGAUUUCUCUCUGUAUUUUUAAAGGGAAGUAUGAAACUGAACGGUAUUGUCCCGCACUUUUCUGCUCCAGUCUUUAUCAGUGUUAAUUAGAACUGUAGAACGGCUACAUGUGGUUUGGUUUUUUCCUGCUACUUUGUAAAAACGAGCACUUUCUCUCUUCCUUUCUUUCGUAUCUGAUGGAAACACAAGGUUAGACUGCUUUUGCUACAACAGUAUGUAAAUGUAAACCCUGUUUUUAAGGCUGAAGAUCUCAGAUAAAGCUGUUUUUAUGUCA